AUGGUAUUAAUAAAAUUGUUAUUAGUUAACAUAACGUAAUACAACUAAAACACGGAGGCUAGCCCUUUAGAAAAGGAGAAAUCUUUUUUGGUUUCCCCUUCCCAAAAAGUGACAUAGCAAAACGAAAUUAUUAUGACGAUUCGUGUUCAUGUUGACUUGCUUGUUGCAGAAUGA